AAUUGCGUGAAAGGACGGAAGGGCAAAAGAAAGGAGCCCCGCCUCUGGCUCUGGCUGCCAUGGACUUCCCUUCAUUCUUCAAAGUCCUAGUCCAUGAUUCCAAGUCCAUACUCCGUAUACCGACUCUUUUUGUGAGUAGAUUCGAAGAAAUAUUGCCUCAGCAUGCCCUGCUUAAGACCAAAUCUGGAGAAACGUGGCCCGUAAAGAUUGUGCGCAUUGAUGAGCGCUACUGCUUCACAGAUGGCUGGCCGAAAUUUGUGAAUGAUCUUAAGCUGGAAAUCGGCGAUCUUCUGGUGUUUUGGCUCAUCAUCGAGGCAAGAUCCAGCUUCAAAGUUGCAAUUUAUGGAAUCAGAGGGUGCGAAAAAGAGUUUAAUUCAGCAGCUACAAACCAUUGUCCCAUCAAAGUUGAACAAGCUGAAUCUACUGAAUUGGACCUGAGAAGUAUUCGCAUUUUACAACCUAAGCCGUCUGAUACCGGUACCACCACCUACGAUGCAAAAAGGAGAAAACUAAAAAGGAAUGAGAAUCCUAGCUGUGGUGCUCAGAAAUCUUUUAAUUCAGUGGAAGAUAGACGCUUCACCAAGGUUAUGGCUAAACAUCAUCGAUACAGAUUGCAUGUUCCGCUGCUGUUUGCUGAGAAAACUGGACUAAUGGGCAAGACACAGGUGGAGCUGCGAUAUCAGAACGGGUGGUCAACCAAUGUGGUACUAAAACAGUCUACGAAACCUCACAUGCUGGACAUGUGUGCAGGCUGGCCUGAAUUCCGAAAAAAGAAUAGGCUACUGUGUGGGAAAAAGUGUGCAUUUGAGUACGUUCCGGAGACUGGUAGCAUCCAAGUUCAGCUGCUUUAGGAACAAAAUUAGCCAGCAGCCUGUUCAAUGCAUCUAUUGUGUUAUAAUUCAUAUGUGGUUAGCAAUCUUCAUAAGGUGGCAUAGUAAGUUUUUCACUGUUUUAUGACAGUUCACGGUUAACGCCAUGCAGGUUUUGUAGUUUCGAACAUCCAAGGACAGGUCUUAAUUACCAUGGCUCAGUGCUCUUGGCAAAAUUUCUGUCCAGGUCUUUUGCUUGUAAUAAUACAUGUGCAAUUAUCGUCUAACCCGUUUAUGUAGAAGGAGAACUGAUCUUUGAAGGUGGGAUUAGUUUUUGGUCCUGCUUAAAGCA